UAUCCAAUGAAGACUGACGUGUUUCAGCUCUGAGCGUUGAGCGCAGAUGCGGCCUGGAGUCAGAGGCUCGGAUCUGUGUGUAUGAAUGGACGCUACAGUUGCAUUUAAUAGCUCAAUGUUACGGUCUUUGCGAAAGCUAUAUUUCCGUGGGCACAGAUGUUUUCACUCGUAAUCUUGCUCUCAUUCCUGGCUAUUUCGGCUGAUGCGGAUUUAUUUCAAUUCGACAGCAUUUCAAAUGUUUCUUCCUAUUAUUUCAAUUACAUCUAUUGCAAUAUUUGGGAAGGGGAUUGUCAACCACAUCAGGAUGAUGCAACCCAAGAAGUGCCUACAGGGGACAUUUGGUCAGGGCUUUCCCAGUACUACACUGGCAUGCUGACUGCAUGGUACUGCAGCUUGGGUCAGUGCUGUGAUUCAGGAGACUGUAGGAUUACGAAUAACAUCACAGGAUUGGAAAAAGAUCUACAGAUGAAGCUUCAUGGGCAACACCUGGUCCAGUCUGUGGUUCUGAAAGCCAUUCAGGGAUUCAUCAAAAACCCUGAGUCCAACAAACCACUGACUCUGUCCUUUCAUGGCUGGUCUGGGACAGGCAAGAACUUUGUGGCCCGGAUAGUAGCGGACAAUCUCUACCGGGAUGGUAUAAAGAGUGAAUGUGUGCGUUUGUUCAUUGCCCCAUUCCACUUCCCUCACGCGAGACUGGUGGACGUGUACAAGGGCCAGCUAAGAGAAGCCAUUCGAGACAUGGUUCUGCGAUGCUCACAGACUCUCUUUAUCUUUGAUGAGGCAGAAAAGCUUCAUCCGGGACUCAUUGAUGUCAUAAAGCCCUACAUGGACCACUAUGAUAAUGUGGAUGGGGUCAGCUAUAGAAGAGCCAUAUUUCUGUUUCUAAGGUUGUUGUGUUCUUUACAGAUGCAAAAUCUCAAAAAUGUCAUUUGUUUCUGUGAUCCAAUUAAAAAUCUAAUGUCCGUUUCCUUAAUGUCAUGCUUUAGUAAUAUCGGUGGUGGUGCUAUCAGUGAGGUGGCACUUGAUUUCUGGCACUCGGGACAGAAUAGAGAAGAUAUCGGCAUGGAAGACUUGGAACAUCUUCUGCAUGCUGAAGCCAUGGAAGCAGAAGGAGGUUUUGCGCAGAGUGAGCUGAUGUCAGGCCAUCUGAUUGACUUUUUUGUACCAUUCUUGCCGCUGGAGUACCGGCAUGUGAAACUGUGUUCACGUGAUGCAUAUGCAGCUCGUGGCCUUCAGCCGGAUGAGAGGACUCUGGAUGAAGUGGCCAAAGCCAUGCUGUACGUUCCUAAGGAGGAGAAACUUUUCUCUGCACCGGGCUGCAAAUCCAUUCCUCAAAGGAUCAACUUCUUUUUGCCAUGACAAAGAGCAUCAUAAUAUCACUGACAUUAAAUAAACACAGAGUACACUUGAAUGAAGCAGAAAUGACUGCUGCCAUCUGAAAUGCAAAUUAUACAACACUGACAAUGCAGAAAAAAAAACUUUAUAUGUAAUGUUUCAACUCUAUAUAGGAUAAGGAGAGAGGGAGUUUGCUUAUAGUAAAUAAUAUUUUUAAGAAUUCUUUAUCUGUAUCUUAUCUACUUCUCCAAAGCAAUUUUACAGUUUACAUGCAUUGAUAUGAACUUAAGCUGAACCUAACCUCUUUAAAAAAAUUAAGACUGCAUUUAUACUAAUGCACUUACAGUGGAAGCCUCUUUGUCAAACAAACCAUGUUUAAGUUUUUUUUUUUUUUUUUUUUUUCAGUUACAUGGAAAUUGCUGUUUGCAAACUUUUUGUACUUGCAUACUAUGUAUUUCUGAGCAAAACAGGAUGUUCAAUAGAAAAAAAUAUUGAGUGGAUGUGCUAGGCUUUUCAUGGAAGUAUAUUAUUGUCAAAUGCGUUUUUAAAAGACCAUUUGAAAUGGUUUUUCUUUGGUAAUCGACCGUAUGCCACUAAGUUUUUUUAACCUGAAAUAUUUCUUUUAGUUGCUGUUUAAGACCUUUUUAUGUUUUUGGCAUAUUUCAGUCACCAUUUUUUGCAUUAAAUAUCAUAUUUAUUCCAUAUAGACUUAUGGAAUAAUUUUACAAAUCUCAUUUAUGUAUUGUAUAUCUUUUUGGUGUCAUGUAUAUUUAAAUGUUUCAACCUCUUCAAAACUAGGGUUUUUUGUUCAUUGAUAUUUCCGUUUUGAACAUUCUGAUAUGAAAAAGUUAAAGUGAGUCAGUUUUUGGUGAAGAAAUCAUACUGAAAUGAUCAUUUAUAUGUAGGCAGAAAAAUAGUUCGAGAGUGUAAGUUACAGUGUAACUUACUUCGCAGUCUAUGGGACAGUCUCAAGCCUCCCGGUUUUCAUCCAAAAUAUUUUAAUUGUGUUCCAAAGAUGAACAAAUCUUUGAAGUGUUUGGAACCACAUGGGGGAAAGUGAUUAAUGACAAAAUUUUCAUUUUGGGGUGGAGUAUCCCUUUAAAUUCUACAUUUCCUUUUCCCUUUGAUAACACAAAAACCAGUGUGAAAUGGCAUUGUUGUCUAAUGUAAGAGAUAAAUAAAAGAUAAUGUGUCAAGUU